AUGGCACUCACUCUUCCAGUUCAUCAUUUCAGCAGCCCAAUUGGUUUAUCAUCCUUCCCCACCAUGGACAUGAAGAUGAAAGCAAUGCCUACCUUAAACACGAUCCUGAAUCCCGAAACUUGCGUGCAGAAGGGACUUUGCCCUGUGAGUCACGAGCGCAAUGAACAACCCAGAAAGCUUUACUACGAGAUUCAUGGCGAUCUGAAGGCAACGCAAAAGUUGGUUCUGAUCAUGGGUCUCAUGUUUACCUGCGCUGCGUGGUCCGAACAAGUGAAUUACUUCAGUAAAAAGGCCGAUCACGCUGUUUUGGUCUUUGAUAACCGAGGGGUGGGAAACAGCGAGUGUGGGCCAAGGAAGCCAUAUCGAACUUCGGGGAUGGCACAAGACGUCAAAGAUCUCUUGGAUUUUUUGCAAUGGGAUCAGGAUCGCUCCUUACACAUCUUCGGGGUCUCACUGGGUGGAAUGGUAGCACAAAACGUAGCUCUUUUGAUUCCCAAGCGUAUUAAGUCGAUCAGCUUUAUCAGCACUAGGUCCGGAAGUGUCUUCGAUAUUCCAUCGCCCCGAGCAAUAGCCACGCUCCUAAAUAUAGUCCUGAAGAAAGGAUCGUACAAGAAGAGGCUUGACCAUCUGUUUGAAAUUAUAUAUCCAUCUAGCUAUCUAGACCAGUCGACAGCGAAUGGCCGAACUCGAAGGGACGAACUUCAUGAGUACUACCAAACCUGGUUUGAUAGUCCUAAUCAGCAAAUACCACCGGCUGGUAUUUUCGGCCAAUUUUGCGCCGUGGCCCUUCACCAUUGCUCCGAUACAAACCUGCAUAAAAUCGCCGCGGAUCUGUAUCCUGCCAAGAUCGCUGUGAUCUCGGGAAGCAAAGAUGAGCUCAUAUGUCCCUCGCGUUCAUUCGAACUUUAUGAAAAAUUACCCGGUUCCGAGUUAGUAAUAAUUCAAAACGCCGGCCACAUUCUGAACUCUCAAGUUACCCAAAAAUUCAACUCAUUAAUGGAAAGGAUCAUACAAGAAGGCAACCUGGCCUUUCAAAUUAGAAAAUGUUGA